CAGUCACGAUAAAAUAAACACCACCUCUAUUUCUGGCAUCGGCAAUUAUUUCCCUAAGUUUAUAUUUUUGCUCCCCGAAUCGCUCGUGCUGUCGCCUCGAGGGCGAUAUGUGCUGACCACUGGAGCGCCUGGUAUAUCGGUUGCGGACUCCCAUUUGGACACACCAGACCAAGCGCAGUUUCCAGUCGCGUCCGCUGCUAUGUGCGAGUGUGCGUGCCCGUGUCCGUGCAUGCGUCUGUGUGUAGUCGAGAAAUAAGAAAAUAAAUAAAAGGGAGAGAGCGGGAGCGAAGCGGAGAAGAGUGAGAGAAAAGGGCGGCAAACAGGCAGAAAUUUGGAGCACGGGAAAUCCACGGAGUCGUCGCUGAAGAUGUUCUCGAAGAAGAAAAAGAAACCGCUGAUCUCGAUGCCCAGCAACUUCGAGCACCGCGUCCACACGGGCUUCGACAAGCGGGAGAACAAAUACGUGGGCCUGCCCCUCCAGUGGGCCUCCAUUGUGGGCAACAACCAGAUCCUCAAGUCCUCCAACCGCCCGCUGCCCCUCGUCGAUCCCUCCGAGAUCACGCCCACCGAGAUCCUCGACCUCAAGACCAUUGUGCGUCCGCACCACAACAACAACAAGGCGGACACCACGUCGCUCAACAGCAGCAGCACCAUGAUGAUGGGCUCCAUGGCGCCGAUGAAUCCCAUGGCCCCCGGCUCGCUUUCCCUGAUGAACCAUGGCCCCGGCAUGAUGAUGCCACCCGAGGCGGGCGGCAUCAUACUGCCCAAGACCUCGCAUGUGGCCAGGUCCAAUUCGCUGAGGAGCUCCAGUCCGCCGCGGGUUCGCCGAGUGGCCAAUGUACCGCCAUCGGUGCCUGAGGAGGAGGGUCCUCCGACAGCAGGCGGCGGAGGAGGCGGUGGCGCCUUCAAGCCCCCCAAUCCUGGUGGCCAUCCCGCCCUGCUCUACACCAGUCAGCAUGCGCAUGCCAAUGGAGCCACUGGCCCGCUGGCCGUGCGCACGGAUCAGACCAACCUGCAGCAGUAUCGCAGCAAUCUGGCCCCGCCAUCCGGCGGCUCCAUUCCCCAGCACCAGCAGCAGCAGCAGCAGACCUCGCCCGUGGGUUCGGUGGCCAGCGGCACGCGAUCCAAUCACUCGCACACGAACAAUGGCAACAGCGGCAGCUAUCCUCCCAUGUAUCCCACAAACCAUCAGCAGCAGCAGCAACAGCAGCAGCAGCAGGCCAAACAGGGCGGCGAUCAGAACCAAAACCCCCUGCAUCCACAUGCCCAUCCGCACCAGCAUCCGCAUCCCCACCAGCACCUGGCCAAGUCGGCUUCCCGGGCCUCCAGCUCCAGCGGCGGAGCCAGCAGUGCCGCCCAGCAGGCGGGCGGAGCGGGUGGUCAGCCAAAGCAGGACCAGCGCCUGACGCACGAACAGUUCCGUGCCGCCCUGCAAAUGGUGGUUUCCGCCGGCGAUCCGCGCGAGAACCUCGACCAUUUCAACAAAAUAGGCGAGGGCUCCACGGGCACUGUAUGCAUUGCCACGGACAAAUCGACAGGUCGCCAGGUGGCCGUGAAGAAGAUGGACCUGCGCAAACAGCAGCGGCGCGAGCUGCUCUUCAAUGAGGUGGUCAUCAUGCGCGACUACCAUCAUCCCAAUAUCGUGGAGACAUACUCCAGCUUUCUGGUCAACGACGAGCUCUGGGUGGUGAUGGAGUACCUCGAGGGCGGCGCCCUCACCGACAUUGUCACCCACUCGCGGAUGGACGAGGAGCAGAUAGCCACCGUCUGCAAGCAGUGCUUGAAGGCUUUGGCCUAUUUGCACUCACAGGGCGUCAUCCACCGCGACAUCAAGUCGGACUCCAUUCUGCUGGCCGCCGAUGGACGGGUGAAGCUCUCCGACUUUGGCUUCUGCGCCCAGGUAUCCCAGGAGCUGCCCAAGCGCAAAAGUCUGGUGGGCACGCCGUACUGGAUGUCGCCGGAGGUCAUCUCACGCCUGCCCUACGGCCCCGAGGUGGACAUCUGGUCGCUGGGCAUCAUGGUCAUCGAGAUGGUGGACGGCGAGCCGCCGUUCUUCAACGAACCGCCGCUGCAGGCGAUGCGCCGCAUACGUGACAUGCAGCCGCCCAACCUGAAGAAUGCCCACAAGGUGUCGCCGCGCCUGCAAUCCUUCCUGGACCGAAUGCUGGUGCGGGAUCCGGCGCAGCGAGCCACGGCCGCGGAGCUGCUGGCCCAUCCUUUCCUGCGCCAGGCGGGGCCGCCAUCGCUGCUGGUGCCCUUGAUGCGGAACGCAAGACACCAUCCGUAGAUGGAGGACAGAGGAAGCCCUAACCAAUCCCCCAGCCCACUGACAACGGUCCCCGACGACCCUACGUGGGCAUCCAUUUAUGAAAUUCUAGUAUUAACAUUCAGUUUGGCAACUGUACUUAAUCCCUCGAAACGUUGUAAAGUCAUUUAAGCCAGCGCACCCACAUUUUAGCCACUCUCCCACAUACCAUAUCCGAACCCAUAUCCCGUCACAUUCCCACUGCCGUUCCAGAAGAGAAUGCAAUGUGCCUUUCAAUCGCCUCCAAGAAUCGAUAUAAAUGUAGCAUUUAUCCGCCCCGAGGACCACCAUCAUUUACCAUUAUGUAUAAUUAUUUCUGCAUUUUGCUCUCUUCUUGUCAAUAUUAAUUUGUGUGUGCAUGUGUGUUUGAUUUUUUUUAACAAGCCCAUAAAACAUUGUUCGAAUAUAUAUUAUGUAAACGCUAAGAGAUAAUGUUAAAACUCGAUAUAUAUAUACACAUAUAUUUUUUAUAAAAACAAACCUAAGCCUAAGCAAAGCGAAAACAACGAAGGUGUGAAUCGAAAAGAGACGGAUGCGCGCGGGCGGUGAGCGAGAGAGAAGGAGAUGGAAAGCGCGCUGGAGAAGCAUAUUAAAUUUUGGACAUAUUUUUAUUAGACGUAUAACUUAUUAGGCCCCACUCUAAAGCGUCUGAUGAACAUUGACAUAUGACCGUGUGAAAUGUUAACGCUCCGGACAUAUACGUACAUUUAAACACAUUCCCGAUUUCGAAAAUAUCUUUUAGAUCGUUUAGCUUACAUUCUUUGUUCUGUUUUUUGAUUUAACCCGUGUAAUUAUUAAUUAAUGAAUAAACCGAAAUGCAAAAAUGUU